AAUGUAUGUGUGAUUUUAUAUAUAUAAAAUAUAAUAACCAAUUUUAUAGUGCUGAAAAAUAUUAUACAUUUGUAACUAACCAGAGAAUGUAAGAAAAAAAAAAAUUCAAAAUUAAUAGCCAGCACAAAAGGUCAGAAUAAAUUACACAACACAACGUAUACGGUCUCGUAGUUUGAUGUCAGGUAAAUUAUGUGACGUAAUAAAAAUAAACUCUGAGACUGUUAGGCUGACUAGUUUAUAAACUGUCACAGAAACCUGAGAUGGAAUUAUUUUCCUUUAACUCACUGAAGCCCAUCUGUUUUUUUUUUUUUAUAUAAUGCAUGAAGGCCUCCCCACACAAGCCUGUCUGCUGCGUCCCUCAUCCAUGUUGCUCCGGCGUGUUUCCUAAGUUCAUCUUGCCAUCUUCCUGGAGGUCGUCUUCUUGAUCUCUUUAUGUCUCUUGGGAUCCAGUCUAGUAUCUUCUUGGUCCAGCGAUGGUUCAGAGGGUGAUGACGUCAUAAUCGAUGGAGGGCGGUGCUGGUUGUGAUGACCUCACAGCCUGGGAGCUGGUGCCGGUUUGGCGGUGCAGUGUGGUGAGGCGGCGCUUUCUGGAGAGAGGCGGUGGGGAUGAGACCCCCAGAGGGGGAUCAGUCUGUCGAAUCCUGAUCGAGAGCGAUGCAACAGACCCCCUCUGCAGCCAGCUCCUCCCCUAUCCCAUCAACCACUGGACCCCGCUCACCAUGGGGGAGGGGGAGUGUGACAUCAUCGAGGGGGUGCUGGAGGGCAUGCGGGCAGGGGAGCGCUGCGAGGUGGUGAUCAGCAGGCUGGAGAGCUCCUCCUGUCUGCAGACCCAGGAGCUGCGCCUCACCCUGCAGCUGCACAGCUUCACCCCAGGGAGGGACUCCUGGGAGCUGAGCUUCGAUGAGAAGUGGGGUUCCAUCGCGAGGCACAAGCAGAAGGGGGGUGUGAGGUUCAGAGAGGGAGACAUGUGGGGCGCAGCGCACAGAUACUCCCUGGCCACGCGCCUCGCUGUCACUCUGCAGAGGGUCGUGCCAGCCGAGUGGGACCCAGAAUUCCAGCGAGUCCGCUCUGAGCUCCACGCCAACCUGGCGGCCUGCCAGCUCCGCCUGGGCCAACCACACAAUGCCCUACUGAGCGCCACUCGUGCCCUAGGCCUCCAGCCGUGCUGCACCAAGGCCCUGUACCGCAGGGGGCUGGCCCUCUCCAUGCUCGGGGAGUUCAAGCAGGCCAGAGCUGACCUGCGCAGGGUCCUGGAGCUGGAACCAGCCUCGAAAUCAGCUCUGCAGGCACUGAGAGACCUGGAGCGGAGAGAGAGGGAGCAGAGGGGCCAGCUAGCCAGGGCUAUGAGCAAGCUGUUCAACUAGGAGAGAGGCAGAGGGUGGAGAGGAAAAGAGGAGAGAGGGAGAGAGAGAGCAGCCAGCCAGGGCUAUGAGCAAGCUGUUCAACUAGGAGAGGGCAGAGGGUGGAGAGGAGAGAGAGAGCAGCCAGCCAGGGCUAUGAGCAAGCUGUUCAACUAGGAGAGGGGCAGAUGGUGGAGAGGAGAGGAGGAGAGAGAGCAGCCAGCCAGGGCUAUGAGCAAGCUGUUCAACUAGGAGAGAGGGGGCAGAGGGUGGAGAGGAGAGGAGGAGAGAGAGAGCAGCAGCCAGCCAGGGCUAUGAGCAAGCUGUUCAACUAGGAGAGAGGGGGCAGAGGGUGGAGAGGAGAAGAGGAGAGAGAGAGAGAGCCAGCCAGGGCUAUGAGCAAGCUGUUCAACUAGAAGAGGGGCAGAGGGUGGAAUAGAGAAGAGGAGAGAGAGAGAGAGCAGCCAGCCAGGGCUAUGAGCAAGCUGUUCAACUAGGAGAGGGCAGAGGGUGGAGAAGAGAAGAGGAGAGAGAGAGCAGCCAGCCAGGGCUAUGAGCAAGCUGUUCAGCUAGGAGAGAGGGGGCAGAGGGUGGAGAGGAGAGGAGAGAGCAACCAGCCAGGGCUAUGAGCAAGCUGUUCAACUAGGAGAGGGACAGAGGGUGGAGAGGAGAAGAGAAAGAGGGCAGCUAGCCAGGGCUAUGAGCAAGCAAUGUGCUGUUCUGUAUUUAAAGUGUAAAAAAUCAACUGUUGUCUUUUUCCACUUUUAAAAGUCUUUCAUACAAAAUAUUUGUAGUAGUGUAUUGAUUGGUCAAUAGUGAUAGGCCUACAAGCAUUAAUUUCAACAAAAGUCUCAGGGUCAAUUGCAAUGAGCUCACAACAGUGUCGAACUGGAGAUCAUCCAUUCUGUUUUAAAUCCUCUGUAUCUUAACUGUAAUACAGCUUUAAAUCCUGUGAACAAGUCUCCAUUCCUGAUUGUAAUCUCGUUUUAAAUCUCGCAAGCGGAGUCCAAUAGAAAUGUAGGAAUAUGCAGUCACUCAGUAGUUGGGGUGGGUUUAAAGUAUUCAGAACGAACCAAUGAUAGAAACAAGUCAGUUGUUCCGGUGUUUAUUGGCUAUCCACCAGUAUAAUUUUUUGGUAUCGGUGGUGUUUGAUCGUUUAUCGGUUAAAAAUGAAAAUCAUAUAAUCCACCGGGCUGGGUCAUUUAGUACAAUUUGUAAUUUAUUCUGAAUAGUAUUCAGGAUGCGCCCUAUAAUCUAGACGUCGCCGGUUCGAUUCCUUUGCUGACCGACGACGGGAGCUCCCAGGGGGCUGUGCACAAUUGUCCGAGUUCCGCCCGGGGGGUGGGAGGGUUAGGUCGGCCAGGGUAUCCUCGGCUCACCGUACACCAGCGACCCCUGUGGUCUGACCGGUAGGCAAUAAGGCACGACGGUGUGGGAUGUACUCGAAUAUCCACACGCCCCGGGUGCGUUGUAAGUCACGAGGCAAAGCCGGAGCAUUAUUUAUAGAUGUUAAAUUGAACAUUGCCAUUGAAAUGGCAGCUUUGAAGAUUUACAGGCCCUUUUUUAGAUUUAGCAGGUGGAGCUGCAGCAAGCGAUUUCGAGCACCAUGGUGUUUGAUUCAUUGUUGCCCUUGUCGUUGUCUGAGGAAGUGGAGCAGGACAGUCACGCUGACCUUCUUUUCCUUUGUGAUCCGGGAGCAGUGACAGGAGGUAUUCAUGCCAGAUUUGCGGUACCAUUUCCAGUAACAACAAAGAUGUUGUUUGCAUUUUGAAAUACUCAGACAGUGGCCUAAAAAGGACACACGAUGCCCAGGCAGUGGACUUCUGUGUAUUUUUUUUCCUUUUCUUUUUCUAUGUCCAGAAGCUGUGCAUCAGUAAGUUUGAUACUAGCAGUAUUACAUUUUUUUGCCACUUGAAUAAGUGUUGGUGUCUGAUUCAGACUCAUCCAAAAUCUCAUCGAGUUUGGUUUCCCAAAAGAUAAAAAUUGAUAUAACUUGUCCACCAUCUUUUUUGCGAAUUUAAAUAUGCCUAAUGGUUUUUUUCAUAAUUAUAUAUUAAAUGUGGUUAGUCAUGUUUAUUAAUAUAAAUUAAUAAAUUAGGAGGCUGUGUGGUCCAGUGGUUAAAGAAAAGGGCUUGUAACCAGGAGGUCCCCGGUUCAAAUCCCACCUCAGCCACUAACUCAUUGUGUGACCCUGAGCAAGUCACUUGACCUCCUUGUGCUCCGUCUUUCGGGUGAGACAUAACUGUAAGUGACUCUGCAGCUGAUGCAUAGUUCACACACCCUAGUCUCUGUAAGUCGCCUUGGAUAAAGGCGUCUGCUAAAUAAACAAAUAAUGAUAAAUUUAAAA